GUUCCUCCCUCUCCCUCUCUCUAGACGCUUCUCUCUCUAAAGGCGAAGAAGGAGACCCGCGGAAAGCCAUGGAAGUCGCCGCCUCCACAAGGCUUGGGUCUUCUUCUUCCUCCUCCUCCUCUCCUCUAGCGAUGGCGUGCGGGAGGAGCCUCAGCAAGAAGUCGGCCUCGUUCCGCCUCCACAGCCCGAGCCUCAACUCGCUCCGCCUCCGCCGCAUCUUCGACCUCUUCGACAAGAACGGCGACGGGGUCAUCACCGCCGGCGAGCUCGGCCACGCCCUCACCUCCCUUGGCCUCGAUGCUAGUCCCACCGAGGUCGACUCUGCCGUCCUCUCCUUCGUCAAGCCCGGCUCCACGGGCCUGGAGUUCGACGACUUCGUCCUCCUCCACCGGUCCCUCGACGACAUCUUCCCUGCUCCGCACGAGAACGGCGACAAUGACUCCGGCGGCAACAGCUCCUCCCCUUCCUCCUCCUCCUCGCAGGACGAGAGCGACCUGUCGGAGGCGUUCAAGGUGUUCGACGAGGAUGGCGACGGGUUCAUAUCGGCGACGGAGCUGCAGACGGUCCUCGGCAAGCUCGGCCUGUCGGAAGGGCAGGAGAUCGCACGGGUCCGGCAGAUGAUCGUGUCGGUCGACCGGAACCGCGACGGGCUGGUCGACUUCUUCGAGUUCAAGGACAUGAUGCGAGGAGUCAUUGCCACGAUCGGUUCUUGAUUCAACAUACAUUUUUAGGGUAUUUGAAUACGGUUUUCCGUAUAUUGAAAUCG